AUGGGACGUGAGGAGCAUGGAAGGACUUGGUGCAUGGACGCAGCUCAACUGGAUACGCAAAGGAAGAAGGAGGAAGCCAUCUUGAAGACCAGCUCGACCAUCUACUCGACCAACCGGUCGAGUUCCUCAACUCGACCGGCCAAGCUUCAACUCGAUCGAGCUGAGAAGUCAAAGUCAAACCCGAAAAAUAAAAGGAGUUAUAACCAAAAGAGCGGAGACUGUCCAGACGGCUCUAUCGAGAGAACAGCGCCCAAACCGCGCAGACCGGCUGGCCGAGAAACUAUUGUUUCGUGCUCGGCCAAAGUCACAUCCGUCCGACUGAAGUCUCGGCCAAAGCUCCAAACCGACCGGCCGAUCACGCAAUGCGACCCGGGAAACAUUGUCCCGCGGUCGGCCAAGCUUCAAACGCUCCACGCCACGCCGCGCACGACCAAAGCGCGCGAGCCGGGAAACAAGGCCUCGCGGCCGCGCAACCCUGUUCCGCGUGCCACGGCCGAUGCAUCCGUCCGAGCCGGGAAAGAACGUCCCACGUCCGGCCGAGAAACCAUCGGCCAAAUCUCAAUCCGCUCGACCACGCCGGAUUUCUUAGACUGCGAAAGUUGA